GCUUCUAAAUUCAUUCGGCCUUGAAUGAAAAUAUAAUAUUCUAAUCGAGAGUGAAUUGAUAUCACUUCACAUAUGAUCAGGCACCCAAAAUAGUAACUACCAGAAGUUAAUCCGUUUCAUCCGUUUGUUCAGAAGAUUGGAAAUGUCGCAGGUAGCUUCGAAUCAUACCUGUAAUGGGCUUCAUCGACCUUUACUCAAUGAGGUAUUCAUAGUAGCAGGUGCUCGAACACCAAUAGGAUCUUUUCAAAGCGUUCUUGCGCCUCUUUCAGCAACUCAACUAGGAGCUGCCGCCAUAAAAGGAGCUCUGGACCAAGCGAAGGUACCUAAAGACCAAGUAGAAGAGGUAAUCAUGGGCCAGGUGUGUCAAGCUGGCUCAGGCCAAGCUCCAGCAAGACAAGCAGCCAAAUUCGCCGGUUUACCAGACUCCACCAUCUGUACAACGAUCAACAAAGUCUGCGCAUCGGGGCUCAAAGCAGUCCUUAUGGCAGCACAAGAGAUACAAACCGGCCAAUGCGACCUCAUAGUUGCUGGUGGCAUGGAAUCUAUGUCCAACAUACCUUACAACCUAAAAAGGGGACCCACGCCAUAUGGAGGCAUCAAUAUGGCCGAUGGUAUAAUAGCAGAUGGUCUCACAGACGUUUACUACAACAUCCACAUGGGAGACUGCGCUGAACACGUCGCCAAAAAGUUUGGCAUCACCCGGGAGCAGCAGGAUGACCAUGCCAUCGCCAGUUAUAAGAACAGCGCCACCGCUUGGGAAGAAAAAUUGUUCGAGAGGGAAGUAAUUCCUAUUAGUGUCCCACAGAAGAAAGGUCAGCCUGAUUGUGUUGUCGUGGAGGAUGAGGAGUACAAGAAGGUUGAUUUUGAGAAGUUACGCAAGAUAAACACGCCGUUCUUGAAGGAUGGUACUGUAACUGCAGCUAAUGCUGCAUCAUUGAAUGAUGGAGCAGCAGCUUUGGUGCUAGCCUCAGCCAAAGCGGUCAGCGAACACAACCUCAAACCUCUGGCUAGAGUGUUAGGUUAUGCGGAUGGUGCUACAGACCCUAUAGAGUUCCCAGUGGCUCCCUCAGUUGCCAUUCCGAAACUCCUGGAAAGGACCGGUGUGAAGAAAGACGACGUGGCACUCUGGGAGAUCAACGAAGCCUUCAGCGUUGUACCGUUGGCCAACCAGAAGAUUUUGGGGUUGGAUGCGAAGAAGGUCAACGUUCACGGCGGGGCUGUCAGCUUGGGACAUCCCCUGGGAAUGUCUGGGGCCAGGGUGCUGAUCCAUUUGGUCCACGUGUUGAAGCCCGGAGAGAAGGGGGUGGCUUCAGCUUGUAAUGGCGGUGGGGGCGCAUCCGCCAUAUUAUUCGAGAAGUUAUAGACGGAAUCUUGAUGUAUAUGUUUUGUUGGAAAUAAAGAACGAAAAAAAUGAAU